AUGAAAUGCAUUGUAUUUGCAGCUCAAGCUUGUGCAGAUGUUCUGGCAUUAGCCAAAGAAGCUAGAAAGCGAAAUCUUGGUCCUCUUCAUCCUUCCUUUAAUGUGAUAAAGAUAAUAAGAGAUGGACUGAUGAGAAAUCUUCCAGAAAACACUCACCUGUUGUCAUCGGGCAGACUGUGUAUUUCACUAACCAGAGUAUCAGAUGGUAAAAAUGCAUUGGUAUCUAAUUUUAACUCUAAAGAAGAAGUUGUCCAGGCUUUAAUCUGUAGUUCAUUUGUCCCUAUUUACUGUGGCCUAAUUCCACCGUCAUUUAGAGGUGUGCGCUACGUGGAUGGAGGAAUCAGUGACAACUUACCUCACUAUGAAUGUAAGAAUACCAUCACAGUUUCGCCUUUCGCUGGGGAGUGCGAUAUCUGUCCAAAGGGGAACUCUGCCAACUUUCAUGAAAUGAAUGUGACCAACACCAGCAUUCAGCUCAGUUUGGGGAACCUUUAUCGUUUAACACAAGCGCUGUUUCCACCAGAACCUAAGGUACUAGGAGAGAUCUGUGAGCAAGGAUAUUCCGAUGCUCUUAAAUUCUUGAAAGAGAAUGGUAUUCUGAAUGACUCGAUUUAUAUCCACUUGUCCUUCACAAAAACAAAUCCUCAUGAGGCUGCGCAACACAUUGACCAUACGAAGCAAAAAAUAUUGACAGAAAAUAACAGAGUAGAGACUUUGAAAAUGGGAGUACUGAAUGACCAGCUGAAGCAAAAUCCGUGGCCCUUGGAGAAGAGCAUAUUUGAGAGUCUACCUCCUAGACUUCGUAAAGCACUGCAGGAAGCUUGUAAAGAACAGAGUGGAUUCUAUGCUCAGUUCUCUAAACUCUUCCCAAUGCGAGUGAUAUCCUAUCUGAUGCUACCAUAUACGCUACCAGUGGAGUCUGCUUACUCUGUUGCUUUACGGUUAGUAAACUGGUUUCCUGACAUGCCUGCUGAUGUUCGAUGGAUGCAAGAACAGCUUUGUCGGAUUGCUGGUACAGUUUAUUCCCGGGCUAAAAGCAAGCUGUUCUGUACCUCCAGGAAAGACAAUUUUGCAUCAUUAAGAAAAUGUCAAACUGUCCCAUCUACUAUGGAAUUUCAUUCUUCAUACUGCCACCUUAAAAUGCCUCACUCUUCUGCAGACCUUGAAACCUGGCUCUGGGAAUCUUCAUGCUUCGUGCACUCAGCUAUGAAAAAUGCUUCUCCUGACACGCAGGAGCAUUCAGACUUGAACUCCUGUCCUAAUUUUCUCCCAAAUUCUGAUGAGUCUGGUUUGGAAAUAGAUUUUGACUCUUCCUCAGAGACAAGUUUCCAAACUGCUCCAGAGUAUUAAUUUGGAAGUAGGUUCCACAGUUUCCAAAAUUCCAAUCUGGCAGAGAAAUUUAAAUCCUGAAGGAUGAAAGAUCACUUUAUUGCCAAUAAGUCUUGGACAAUUAUUUGUUUACAGCUUCUUGACAAACCUGCCUUUGGAAUUCUACUGUUUAAGGAUUAUAAAAACAGUGGCUGCUAUACUAAGUAACAGACUACAAUUCUGUCACAGCACCAGCUCAAUCAAC